AUGCCCCAACACCCCCUCAUUGAGCAAGUGGUAACCUCCACACCACUUCUGGAUACGCAGGACUUCCACGUCGUCAAGGAUGAAAAGCAGAACCCCAUGGUGUUUUCCAUCGGCACCAAGGGCAUCUUGUACCUGAUCAAACAAGAUGAACUGGGGCGGAACAAGCUCAUCAACCUCAGCGAAAAGCUAAACAUCCCGGCGGAACAUGAGGCAACCGCACUCGGGGUGUACCAGGACAAUGACCUGACUCUGAACCUCGCGUUUGCUCACGGAGAACCAAAGGGCCGGUCACAGCUAAUUGUCUUGCGCCGAUUGAGGCCCGAAGCUUUGGAUCCAGACCUUGACACACUCCAGGACAAUGCUGUAGUGGCCCAGGAUGACACCAUUCAGGGCCAGAUAUAUGGUCUCCUUCUUGGUCGAGGCUUGGAUAAUGACCAUCCACUUGCAGUAGCGAGGUACAGAAGGGUCGACUCGCCGGAGAAUGAUAUUUGCCGCCUUGAUAUAGACUACAAGACCUCUUCUUGGUCUGUCAAGACUGAUCUUCAGAUGCCUUGCAACCCAAGGGAGAUCAUCAGCCUAUGCCCUGGUACGUUGCCAGGGGGUGGCGGAACCUUUGGUGUCUUCGUCUUGUUCAGGAUCAGUGAGGUGCUUCGGCUCAGCUUCACCGGACUGGGCGGUCAGGGAGGCUACUACUCCCACAUCAACUAUCAGCUGCCAGUACCCCCAGGUGCAUCCGACCUGGCAACUGUUAGGACAUCGACGGGCCGAACCGACCUCCUCGUUUCCGCCAAGAAUGGAAUCCACCGUAUUCCAGCCCGGGACUGUGCGAAAGGUUCAACAAAGCUGGCCGACAACAGUCUGGUAGCCACAGCUUACUGCCUUCAAGGACUGAAACAGAUCCAUGCUGCACAGUCCGGCUCCUUGAUCUCCGUCUUCACUCGCAACGAUGAUGGCGUGAUAGCGUAUACACAAUUCAGGAUCGCGGCAUCAGAGAGCGCAGUUGACUCCUUCGAAAGACGCAGCGAUGCCAACCAGGUCCUUGAUGGAGGCGUACGAUUUGCCGCUUUGGUCAACGAAACCACUUUGUCCCAGCAAAUGUUCAUCCUCGGUGACGAAAACCAUCCGAAGAUGCGGGUUUUGUACCAGUCAGGCGAUUCCAGCCUUUGGAAAACUGGUGACUUCUGCGUCCCGGCAAUCAAGACACAUCGAGAAGUGUUCACUUACACGACGCAUAUCAAGAUCAAACCUGCGACUGGGGGGCGGCCUCCGGCUGGUGGUCUGGAAGUUGACCUGAGCGCAUCUAGUACAUGCCUCGCAACCGUGAAUGGCCGGACAAUUGAGCUCAGUCGACUUCCGACCAAAGUCAAAGCCGAUGUGCUGGGAACCCUCACGGUGAUUCAAGAGAUUGAUGACCUCAAUGUGCCGAGCUUGCGUGUUUCGGGUGUUCCAGGAUGUGAGGCGACGUACAUCGACCCCUCUCGAAAGGUUCUGGACUUCUUCAGCAAGAUCGAAUCCGGCGAUGACUUGCAAAACGCGCACCUUCCGAAUGGCGAAAAGCUUUUGAGCGGCGGAUCCAAGAACGUCAACCUCAAAGGAGCCGCUGCGGCCAUCAAGUCCUUGACGUCAAAGGGUGCCAGCAUGAAACUGGAAGCGCAGUUUACAGGCGCUGAAAAGAGCGAGAUUGCUUCCUCGGAACAGCCGGCGGAAGAACCAACAGUUGGAGUGGCCUCUGGUAACAGCAAUGAGACGCCAACUACAGGCAACUGGGCAGCCUUCGACUGGCUUACCAGGUCGCUCGAGUCCGUGGCAGACAUCUUUGUCGACGGAUGGCAUCUUGUUGUGAAGGUGGGAAAGAAGGUCUGGAAGUUCCUGGUCCAAACAUAUGAACAUGUAAUGAAAGGUCUCAGGAAGGCCCUCGCGUGGCUGGGUGAGGGUCUGAAGAAGAUAUGGAACGGGUUGAAAUUUCUCUUCGCCUGGGAUGAUAUCAAGGAGACCCACAACAUCUUCCGCGACUAUUUCGAAGGGUUCGUCGAUACUGCUGUCAAGACAGUACUUCUCUUUGGUGACAAGGCCGAGUCGUACCUCGAUGAGCUUGAGGCCAGCAUCAGCAAAAACUGCAGCACAACCCAGGUUCCAUCCGAGUUGGACGGCAACGUAGAUCAAGACGGCAAUGACCAGCAGGGGAAGGAACCGAGCAAAAUGGAGAAAGCUUUCAACUCACCAGGGGGCAACUAUGCGAACCAUCAUGCCCAGCACAACCCCGAGGUCCGUCAAGCCAUGGAGUCUGCGGAAAAGAAGAUUGAGGAUGGCGACCUGACGAAGAUCUUGGCCGCUCUCAAAGAUCUCGUCACCGAGUUUGCUGAGGGUGCGGGCGACAUCGGGGCCGCUUUGGUGUCACUCCUCGACCCGUCUCGAAAAGCAACUGUUUCUGAGAUCUUCUCCCAGCUCGGUAGUAAGCUCCUCACGAGGCUUAUUGCGAUUGCGAGAGAUCUGAUUACGCUUUUCGUCCAGGUGGGAGCCAAGCUCAUGCUCAUGGUGAAGAGUCUUGCCACGGCGACCAUCGAUAUCCCUGUCAUCUCCUGGUUGUGGUCAAAGAUAUCCGACCGGCCUCUGUCGUUCCUUGACGCCAUCACCAUGCUGUUUGCCAUCCCUGGCACAAUUGCUUUCAAGAUAUACCACGGUGUGAGCCCGGGAAAGCAUCCAAGCUACAAGGAGAUCCAGGCUGCCAAAACCGAGCUGGAUGCCGAGCUCGUUGGCCAUGAGCUCGGGGCCACUGCCCAGGUAUUUGCGGUUGUGCCGUCCACCUCUUCCGAGAAGACUGAUAGCGGUGUUGCCUCAAAUGCGGUAGUCGGUUCGGAAGUGAGCGAAAAACCUAAAGACUACAGCCCUGGCGGCGGCAAGGGCCAAGAGACCUUUGUCAAUAAAAUUACAAAGCAUAGUCUGUUCCAGAAGAUUGCCAGGUGGUUGAAGGCGCAUUCUUAUAUUGUUGGUAUCAUCUACUUUGGAUACAACUGUUACUCCAUGUACAGCGAGGUACGGGAGUGGUUGAAGCCGAUGGGCAGUGCCUACCCAAACUUUGGUGGUCUGAAAGAAUGGGACAAGGGCGCCGCAACAAGAUUCCUGGUCGGAAUUGUGCUGUCCUUCCCGAAACCAGAUCCCUCCGAUCCUUCGCCCAGCUGGGGCCUCCAACUGACUGGUUGGGUGGUCUCCAUCUUCGCUGGCAUCAAACAUUGCAGCCUCCGGAUCUUCAAGGGCAUGGUGACAAUGUUCUUCUCCGCUCUGCAAUGCGUCAUCUACACAGGAUGUGUGACUUGGGAUCACCUGGCAGGGUAUAGUAAGGCUGAUAACUUUCUGACGAUCGGCAAUACAUGCUUGAGCAAAGGCCAUGACUUUUUGUCUGGGUUGGCAACGGUCCAGGUCGGGAAGAACCCUUACGUUAUGGUUGGAGCGGUGGCCUGUGGACUGACCUCCACCGUGACUGGGUCAAUUAUUAACUCGCAGAAGGCUGAGACGAAGAUAUCCAACUUCAUCUUCCAAGCCUAG